AUGCUCGAGGUUGACCAAGAGGAAGUGAUGACCAAUUAUAUUAACUCGGCUCCCUUAAUGUCUGGAGAAAUGAAGCCUUAUAAAUUAGCACCUACCCUCAAAGGGAUAAGUCAGCUAACGUUUGGUGGAACUUGCAGGUUGGAACAAAAGUUUGAAGCUUUCGAUAUAGAACUCGGCCUUUGCAACAUACACAAAAUCCUACUUCCAUCGGAACUACACAUUGAUCGGGGUCUUGAGCGUCUAUUUAUAUCAAACGACAAAAUAAUUGCCACAUUACUCGCACCAUCUUUGGAAGACCUUGGCUACACUUUGACGUUAAUGACAAAUUAUUCCAUUAAGGGCUCAAUAAGCAACAACGAAACAUUUGGUAGAAUUUGGGAGUUCAACCCUCUCCUUGUCAAAGCGUGUGACAAAAUUGGAUUGGAACCCAGACCACAUGGAAUGGAUAUUUGUGGGGUAGGAAUUGUACAGUCAAUUCAAGAAGUCUGGGACUCAACAAGGACAAAACAUAUCAAGGAUAAGAUUCUUGUCAAUCACCAACCUUCAUUACGAAUAGACAAAGCAGUUGAUGAAACUCCGGGCAGUGAAAGGUGUCAGAUUUUGAUUCGUGACAAAGUCAAAUUUUUUGGUCGAUUCAUCGGUGAGGAAAUUGGAUCAGGCAUCUUAAUAUUAGUCGUCGAUUAG